AUGGCCGACAUCGAUCUCAAACUCGCCCAAUGGAAACUCGUUGAGGUUGGCCGUGUGGUCCUCAUCCGCAGCGGGCCUUACACUGGCAAGCUGGCCGUCAUUGUCCAGAUUGUCGACCACAAGCGUGUUCUCGUUGACGGUCCUUCCGGCGACGAGAAGAAGAUCGUCCCUCGUCAUGUCCUCUCCCUCGCACAUGCUACCCUGACUCACUUCGUCAUCCCCAAGCUGCCUCUCGCAGCCGGCACCGGUCCCGUUAAGAAGCUCUGGGAGAAGAGUGAGAUCGACAACAAGUGGGCUAAGAGCAACUUUGCCCAGAAGACCGAGCGCGCUGAGCGGAGGAAGAACCUGACCGACUUCGAGCGCUUCAAGGUCCUCAGACUCAAGAAGCAGGCUCGCUACGAGGUCCAGAAGUCCUAUGCCAAGGUCAAGGCUGCUGCUGCUAAAUAA